ACUCUCCGGUUAACUUGACACCGAUCUCUGCUGGAGGAGCGGAGCGGUAGAGCGGAGGGGCCCCGGUCGUUUUCCAAUGCUGGUGAGCCGGGAAGUAGGAACCGCGGGCGGCGGGGAGGCGGCUGCAGGGCCGCCGGGUCCGCCGAGCCAGGCGCAGAGCGAGGAGGAGACGCCUCUGCCCGGGCGCGCAGGGUGUCGUCUCACCGGCCUGGUCAACUGGAAGCAGAGACCGUGCAGGACUUCAGCCCUGUUUGCUGCAGCCAACACCGUGUUCUGGUUUGUGGCCUUCAGCCCUUUCCGAGCGUACAGCCUCCUGGCCAUCCUACUGGCUGUGCUGGUCGUCACGGUGACAGUCAGAGAUGUUGCUCGAUUCAGAUACACAGGAGCUCACUUGUGGCGCAGCAUGACAGCAAGCUGGGAGAUCAUUGACUCGGGCCAGGAAAGCCGGUCUGGGACUGGACCCCAGCUCAGCGACUCCCUCAGACUUUUCCUCCAGGAGACAUCGGCUUUCAAACAGCAGAACCCAGGCAAGUUUUGCCUGCUGGUUUGCAGCUUGUGCACCUUCUUUGCUGUCUUAGGACGCUACAUUCCAGGGAUUGUUAUCUCGUAUAUUCUAGUGCUGGGCGUCUUCCUGUGGCCUCUGAUUUCAUCCCAUGAGGUUGGUCUGUGGCUGGAGCCAGUUCUGCAGAAGCUGGACUUUGGCAUCGGGGAGCUUCUUCGGAAAAUCAAAGAGAACCAUGAGAAGAGAAUCAUGCAGGCUCAGACCGAGAAGGAGGGCAUCGAGUCGGACCUCUCCUCAAUGUUUCCCAAGCUGGACUCCACAGUGUGUAAGGAAAUGUCUGUAUCGGACACAGAGGUGUCUGAUGUGACGUGGACGGACAACGGUACUUUCAACCUGUCAGAGGGACACACACCUCAGACUGAGAACUCAGAGGACCUCGACAGAGAAGAAGUAUUCACUGGUGGCCUCCCAGAAUUCCCUUCACUUGACAACGGUGGGACGACCAAUGGGGACGACGACGACGACCUCAGCCUCGGCCUUCCACUGCCUCCAACUCAGCCCCAGCAGUCAAUGAAAUCCAAGCAUGCACCUCCUCCUCACGAAGACCAAACCACCGACAGAGCACUUGAAUUGGUGAACCAGAUGGCAGGAGACUUCAUCACCGCCGCGGUCACAGCUGCCAUCCAGGAAAGAAUAGAAGCAGCGGUGGGAUUCACGGCGCCGAGAAACGACCCGGAGCGGUCAAGACUCCGGGAUUCCACCAGGCUGCUGGAGCUGGCCGAGGAGUCGGACAGCGAGGUUGAGGACUUUGAGCUGCUGGACCAGUCGGAGCUGGAGCAACUGGAAGGGGAGCUGGGGCUGGGAGAGGAAAAGGUCCAGACCAAAGAGGAGGAACAGGCCAAGAGCGACAAGUCAGCCUCAACUGGAUUCUUCACCAAACUCCUCAGACGCCACUGAUCACUGAUUGAUGAAAAGUCCGGUCGACAGAAGAGAAGAAGAGGUUACAGAGGACAUGUGGAGGAGAUGGGAGUGUUCUGGCCACAGAGGACUGUUGGGGGAAUUGUGAGGAAAAACAACGUUUCCAUUUAUCUUUUUCCUGUAGCGCUAACAUCAUUGUUUCAAAACUGAUCAGUAUGUGAAAUACAGAGGUGAAGGUGAUGUCGCUUUAAUCAGAAUCAUCCCGAACUAAUGCCGAGAUCAGACUACACAAUAUCAGCCUGCUGUAGGCCUGAACCGACAGACUACAGAUUAGCCUACUGCUCAGGUGGAGAGUCUUAUAUUAAAGCUCAAUAUUUUCCUCUUCUCCUGUGUUUUAUUUGAAGUGUUGAGCCAUAAGACAAUAUAUUUGUUGUUUUAAGAACCAAAAACCAUCUCAAUGUACUUUUACAUCUCCACUCUCAGGCUUCUCUCUGUAGUUCUAGUAACAACAGGUCGGUGAGCCAAUCAGAAGAGAGGUUCAGAACUUCUCCUCUGUCUGGCUGAAAGUAAAUCCUGCAAGGUUGGAUGGUGGGUCGAGGUGGGCGGGACUUGGGGUGUGGCUGAGAGCAAUGACUGCUUUGUUGUGACAUCACAAAGUUCCAGAAGUCCUGACGGCUGGUUUCAAGGCUCAGUUUCUGAAUACAGGCUGUGUGCAUUUCUCUGUGGACUGAGGCUUUGAUACUUUCACAGUAUUAAUAUAGAACCUAGACCUGAUCUAUAAUCAAACAACAGAGGCACAUCUACCUUUAGACUAUAUGGAGCUUUAACAUGUUGGUUGGUUCAGGUAAAGGGUCAGUUCACAGAUGUGGGGCAGGUUUUUAGAACUAGAAAAAUGUGCAAGUCCUCCCAUUCUGCAGAUGUGUUUAAUAGAUUCUAAUAAGUUUUCUUAUCUCUUUGUUGCAGAAAGGCUUGUAGGAUGAAAAAUAUCACCUACUUUAUGUACAUCACAGAAGGUGAGAGCGACGAUGAGCUACGACCUGUAGUUGUUUAUGCCAAAUAAAUAAUUCUACUAUCACCUAGUUAUACAGUGAACUUCACAAAACAAAAGUAUUGUGUGGUCUGACCCCGGCAUUAAAGGUUGUUGAUGGGUUGAGGACUAAGAUCCUGCUCUUGGUUUCAAUCAAUUGGUGUGGUCACAUUUGACUUUUUAAACAUAUUUGAUUGGUGAUGUCAAUUUAGCAUUUAUAAGCAGCAUAUAGACAGUUAAUAAAUGGUUUAUAACAGUAUAACACUAUAACAUAGCUAUAAGCAAAUAAGGGCAUUUUAAGUGUUUAUAACUACCCUGAGCAUCUGUUGUAUUAACAGUAAAUGAGUGAUUAAAACCAGUACAGCACAGCCUGUUUGUUAACGGCUUAUACACAUUAACACAUCAUCAGACAGGGUUUAAAGCUCAUGCAGUCAUGUGGAGCUUGAAGAUUCACUCUUGACCCUGGAAAUAGUAGUUUGGAUAAAAAUUUAAGGUCUCCUUGCUUAGAUUCUUUCAGAGCUUUCAGCCACAUCUCGAGGCCUUGUGGCAGAUAGGGUUUGCUCAGUUGUCAUGGAGAGUGAAGAAGAUGUAUUUAAAAAUAAAUACUUCACUAAUACACUGUAUGUAAUUGAUAUCAUAAAUAAUUAGUAAAUAUAAUAAAAAAAUACUACUGUCUUACAUGAAUUGAUCAUUUGUUAUGUUUACACACUUAAAAUGUCCUUAUAUCUACUUACAGCUUAAUUAUAGUUUGUUCUAAAACAUUUAUGUUGCUUAUUAAUGCUUAACAGAAGGUUAAAAUAAUGUGAUUUCAAUGAAUAUGUUCUGAAAUUCUGUCUGGACCGAUGACAAAGUAUUCAAAACUGAAACUGACUCUAAGUGAGAAAAAAAAAAAAAACAACAUUUCCCAGAAUAAUUGAAUUUUUGCUGUGAUUGUAAUCCUCACACACCUAACAUUCACUCUGAUGCUGAAUCGAUUCAUCUAACUACAUUACCCAGAAUUCCACAAACAUCAACCCCAAUGAUGAAUGACAAUCACUAGGCAAUCAAAUCAUCUUUAAUGCUUAAAACACUAUACUACUGGUUGGACAGUUGACAAUGAAGAUUAGAAAGUAGGAAACAUUUAUUUUUGUAUUAUUUCCUUUUUCAAUUUUAUAUGUAAUUUUUUUUUUUUUUUUCAUGAAACACUUAUUUAGUCAAGGGACGUUUAUUUUAUUACAACAUGCAGCAGGUCAAAAUACUAUGCAUGCAAAUAUCAUUGAGACAGAAAUAUAUUUAAACAUAAACAUUUUACUUCCAGUGCUUCCUGAAUUUCACAUUUCAGUGUAGAUUGGUGAGUCGUCAGAGGACAAAGAGAAAAAUUACUUUGCAUCCACAUCAUCCUCAAACUAGUCAAAACCAAACUUUGAUUGAGUAUUGUGGGGAAUAUUAUUAAAGUACAAUAUGGCCAAGUCACACAUGAGUCACAUAUGAUCUGUCUAUUAUAGCCAUGAACAAAUAAAAUCUGUUGCUGAACUAAAAUCAAAUCCUCUGCUGUACUGUAAGUGUUGUCACAGCACAGGUAGCACUGGUAAAAUGUUCCGCUCUCUGGUUUGGGGGAUUCAGCUGCCACCAAGCCUUGUGGCUGGUAACAGACCUGAAAGCCUUGAUAGCCAACAACAAGAGAGGGAUUCAUGCCUUGAACUCGACCAGCUUAAGUCAUAUUUCCUGGGGUUUAGUUUAAGUUAUGUGAGAUAUGAUCUAUCUGCCUUAACAGACAGACCUGUGGAGUAAGAACAAGGGUCCUGGGUCCUAUCAUGGCCCAGUAGCUAAAGCACUGAUCAUGAUCUGCAACAUCCCCCGUUAGCAUCUGGCCAAAAACAGUCCAAACUGCAAACAGACCUGAGACAGUCAGACCAGGUCCAAAUUAGACCCGAUCCUAAAUGUUUUUUAUGGUUCACACUCUCCCUCUGCCUUUAGAAACAUGUUUCCUCCCAUGAUGAUGACGCACCAUGUGAUCAAAGAUGAGAGAUAUUCCGCGUUAAUCCGCUUGGUCAUGAGACAAGACCGGCAGCAAUAGAACAGGAUUCUGUCCAAUCCGAUUAGACCCUAUGCAAUAGUGAUCUGGCCCGACUCGAGUCCCUGUUAAGGCUCGGCUACCAGGACCCAAGUGAACCCACGAAGACCUCUGCUCCUAAUGUCAUUGGAUCAUCCAGGAUCACACUCAAAACAAAGGAAAAUGUAUUUUUAGGGCACUGAAAGUAAAAUGGCGCAUUUCCAUUUGCACCUUAACCAUUAUUUAAAGAUACACCUACAUAGCUGUGUCAAGCAUCACUUGUGGAUUCACUGAAGUAAGGAGAAGAAUGACGGGAGAGUUUCUUUAACAUGCCUUGUACAUGAAAAGACAUUGUUUUUAUAAUAAAGACACGCAGCAAUGUUUAAUGUAUCCUCUUGAAUUAAUCAUGUAAUGCCUUGUACUAGCAUAAGUGUAAAGAUGAAAAUAGAAGUAUUUGUUUAUCAGUGCCUGAGAGGACUUUGUAGUGGCUGCACUUCAUUUUUAGCUCACAUGUAAUAACCGUAUUAGACACAGACAACUUCUGAAUAACAGCUGAGGCAGGUUCAGGCUUCACUUAAUAAAGACCUUUUUAAAAAUGUAUAAAACUGAUGAAAUGGUUCUUUUUUUUUCAUUGACCUUCCAGUUGUAUCAAGGCGGCUUCCAUGCAGUUGCCUAAAAGUGACAAAUUUGAACCUUGGAACCUGCUUCGGAAAGAUGUCGGUGGGUCGGAACCAAAAUGCAUUAUUAACAAAAUGUACUUUUAUGUAAUUAAACUCAAGAGCGUCAAUAAAAUGUUGUAACACAGA